AUGUCUGCCUCCUCGUCCAUCAAUGGGCUGCGUGUCGUUCCUGCUCGAUUGUCCUAUUUAGCCAUAUAUAAUCCGUCACUUGGUCCAACGGAUGAAACUGUCAGUGACCAGAUUGUCUUUUACUACUCGCAGCGACAUGAAGCCGAGCUAGAGCGACGCCGCUGUGAGAAGCAUGACGCAAAGAACGAAGCCAAUGAUGCUUCUGUACAAAAAGUCAGGCAAGAUUCCGAUGCCGCAACUGAGAAUGAUCCUGAGCAGAAUGAGCGACUUCGUCAAGUUGGUCUGGCGCAGGGAAUGAUGGACUUCGUAAAAAAUUUCUCAAAUGGCGUGCCCCUCGAAUCAAUCGAAUCAGAGAAAUCUCGCGUUGUUCUGAAAGAACUCGAACCACAAUGGUGGAUUCUUGCCUCAAUCGAGCUCACCCAACUACCAGCGACCACCACUGCCAAUCCUUCUACCAUGCAACGAGCCGCAGGCUCGGGCAAAGAUCGAGGAGAAGGACAUAAGACACCCACGACUGAUGUAGUCGAAUACUCCUCUCGUGAGGUCGCUCCUGCACAGCUGCUUCUAAGACAAAUGAUCCAAGCUAAUCGGCUAUUCUUGCUUCAUCAUGCGUCGAGUUUGACUGAGCUGUGGAAAAGGCAUGCGGGUAAUCGACACCUCUUCUGCAAUCUGCUCGAUCGAUAUUGGACCCGGUUCAUAUGGAACUGGGAUGUCCUGCUGCAUGGCAAUCCUGCCGUUGAGCUCUUUGAUGGCAUCAAACUUGCUGGAGGUGGCGAGCUUGGUGUCGGAGUUGGUGAAGAAGGGUGGGGAAGCGGUGAGCGAGAAGUGCUUGAAGGGUUUGCAAAUAGGACCGAUGGACUUCUCGACCUCGUCGUGGGCCGUUAUGGUGAUGCGCCAUUGCCAGGAACGCCGACAGAAAGUCCACCAAGAAAACCGCUUCCCUGGUUGGGGAAUGCCGAAAGCUCGGGCAAUCAAGAUGGGGUGAUCUUCUCUGGCAUCGGAGGCAUUUCUCGUAGAUCGCUUGCUACCAUUUCGCAAUGGAUGGAGUCUAUUUUCGCUUAUGGCGAGAGUGCUUAUGGGGUUGGCGAAAAUCCAGCUUCUCGGCCGAGGGAAGGAAAGAAGACAAGAAGAAGUCGUGCCAAAGGAGCGCAAUACGUACCUAGCCGAGACUCAGAACGGAAAAAACGAUCACAGCAUCAGCAACGCAGGUCACCGCAUGGUCCAGCGGCAGAGCUACGCCAAAAAGCGAUUGAAAACAAUCUCAAUUCACCCAGGAUUCCCGCGCCGCUUGUGAACGUUGUAGAGAGAUCCUUGGACGAAGCAGUUGCCAAAGCAACUGGCGGAUCUACAAGCAAAAGCCCUGAGCAAGAAGAGACUCACCGUGGCAAUAAGCAGACAGCGGAUAUCCAGGAAGAUGGUACUCUCUUUGGGGCAGAGAAGAUGAUGAAGUAUCUGAGCCUUGGAUAUGGUUCCACCUGGACGUUGAAUCCUAAAGGUUUCAAUUCAAGCCCUUCACUUGACGAGCCGAGCCAUGCACCAGCGCCACAAGGAGGGCACGACAGUCCAGUCGUACAAACACACCCUGUGGAGGACCUUCAACAAGUAGACCCUACCCCAGAAGUAAGUGACGAAGAUGAAACGCCAUUUGUACAGCGGCUUGAGCAAUCUAUCGGUAGAUUCUUGAUUGGUUUGUCUGGCGACCUAGAAAACACGGAAUUCGAGGAAGACGAAUUAGACAUCUCUAAACCUGAUGGAAUCGUGCGGCCAAAAGCAGAUUCAUCUGUACCCUUACCACCAGCAUCCAGGACGACAAAUCGUAUCUUUCUUCGCACACUGACAGUUGAGAUGUCUUCAUCGCGCUUCAGUCAGCUUGCGGCGUCGUCACGUCCUCUUUCUAGGAAUGCACCCUCCAGUUUUAAGGACUCUGAGUAUUCUGCUCGAGGCGAGGGCAAGACGAGUGCAUCUGCUUCCAUUGAUGGCAGCCACCCUAAUGUUAGCCAUGAAAGGGUUCAGGUUGCAGUAUAUAUUCAUCAACCUUUCAUGUUCGUUUUUCUCUUUCAAUUGCGCACACCUAACCUGUCCAUGCCGGGCUUUUACCGGUCAAUUCAUCACACUCUCGGACCCCUGCAGAAAAGUCUUCUUCGAAGCACGGAUCCGAGCAUAUGGCAGGAGCGAAUGCAAGAAGCAAUGGGAUCUGCACCGGGUGCAGAUCCUGCGGGUGCUGAAGAUCAGCGAUCCAGGCUGUUGACACAGUCUCCUCUGGAGAUAUACGAUUUUGUCUAUGACCCAGUCAAAUUGACAAUUCGAACCUCAAUCCCCAAUAUUCCUGUACUAGGAAGCCUUGCAGCAGAAGGAUUACAGCGGUAUCACCAAUCAGAUAGGCCCAUUACCGUCUCAGGCUCGUGGUAUACGCUUGGAAUUCCCCUCGGGACGUUUUCAGUGUCGGGAAGCUCUUCUCCCACCAACCGCGCUGGAUUGGUCAAGCGGGAUUGGACACGUGUCGACGCUCUCAAUACGUAUACACACGUACUGAACAUCUGGGCGGCAACUCGUGCUCGUGGCCCGGCAUUUAGCGAAUCCCAAGCUGAGCGAGAGGAGAUAGAGAGGAGCGUCAAAACUUCGAGAGGAUGGUGGGUGCUAUGGAUGCGCAUUGGCGCUAGGAAAGAGUCACCGGAUGAAAACAAUGAUGCCAGCUCUGCAAAGGCUUCCCAGGAGGUGAUCUCGGCCAAGUCCAAGGUUCGAGAAGCAAAAGAAGCAUUUUUGGUCAGGAGAUCUCCGCAAGACCGCACUUCGGCUGCGAGAGAUGCAUCCGGAACCAGAGGGGAGCCAAGGAGCAUCAGUUCGUCUGGAAGAUGGCUCCUUCGAGACCAUCCACGUAGCCGUGACGCGAGUGGCUCUGGAGGGGGCCUUUCAGCGUCCUCAGCAACAACAAAUGCAAGAGCAGUGGGCGAAGGGGUUGGUGUGGAUGCAAGGAAAUGGAUUGAAAGACUGAUUCGGUUAAGUAUGUGA